AUGGGCAACUGCUUCGGCAAACAAAAAUCCUCCAACUUCUCCGGCGCAGGCCAGACCCUCGGCAGCAACGAAGCCCCAAAGCCCGUCGCAACAACACCGCAAAAGCCCAUUUCUGCUACUUAUUCGCCCACGCCGAAGCAAGGGAGGACAGUAGGUGGAAGUAGUGCAUCGCCGAAUAGUGACCCGCGCGCUGCUGCUGCUUUGGCCGCUGAGGAACGCAAUAAACCCAAACCAGCAAAAGGAAAAUUGGGAAAACAACUGGAGGUACAAAAGGCUCAGACACACAAUGCGACUAUGAAUGAAGCGAGCAGAGAAGCACUGCUGGCUAGAAACGCAGACGCCAAUGCUGAGACUAGAGCAUACAACUGA